CUAAUAACAACACUAAUUCUUUUGCAGCAUAUAAAAAAAGUCUUAAUACCACACCUGAAAAUACUAAAAAAAGACAGAGUCCAGAUAGCACAUUUACAAAUAAAAAACCUAAAAAGGGUUCAGACGAAGGGUCGAAAAGAACUGAUCUAAUAAGUAAAUUAAAAGUAACUAAUAAAAACAUUAAAGAUACACAAAAGGAAAUUGAUAAAAAAAAUUUCGAAAUCAACAAUUCAUUACUUGAAGCUGAAAA